AUGUCGAGAUUCGUAUCGGCGGGGGCCAUCAACGCCGAGACAGGCGAGGCCGUACCCCAAGACACAACCGCCACGCCCGCGACAAACGCCGGCGCGAGCACCGCCGGCUCGGCGCCCAAACCCGCCGCCGAAUCCAAAAAGAGCGCCGAAUGGGACCUCGUGCAGAAAGAACUCGACGCGGAACGCAGGCGCAGGGAGGAGGCGCGCGUCAAGUCCGUCGAGGGCGGGGAGAAGAGUCUCUACGACGUCCUGCAGGCGAAUAAAGCCGCGAAGCAGGCUGCGUUUGAGGAGGCGAAUAAGAUCCGGAACCAGUUCCGCGCGCUGGAUGAUGAUGAGAUUGAUUUUUUGGACGAGGUGAGGGAGGCUAGAAAGGCUGAGGAGGAGAGGGUUAGGAGGGAGACGGAGGAGGGGCUUGUUGCUUUUCGGAGGGCGCAGGGGGGUGGUACGGGGGCGAAGAGGGCUGGUGAUGGGGAGGAGGAGGGUGAGGAGGGGGAUGGGAUGGGUGGCGAGGGGGAGGGUGGUGAUGAGUGGGCUGUUGGGCCUAGGAAGAGGAGGAGGAAGGAGAGGGAGAGGGCGUUUGGGGUGAAGAGGGAGAAGGGGGGCGAGGACAAGGUGGACGAGAAGAAGGCGGACGAGAAGGGUGAUGGUCAGGUGAAGAGUGUUGGUAAGGGGGGUCCGCCCGUGCCUAUGCCUGCGGCUACGACUACGACCACAGCUGCGCCUGCACCGGUGAAGGGGAAGCCGAGUCUUGUUGCGUACGGAUCUGAUUCGGACGAUGAGUGA